AUACCGGUUAGUACAGGUAGCGGUGUUCGAUGUAAACAUCCGCUCGACUGCUGUGAUGAAAUAAAUGGUUUCAGUGUCAAUUUUAUAACCAUAACAGAAACGCGGUGUAAACGGAAACCGGUUGCCUAAUGAUUAUUUUAUAAUAGAUAUAAAAUCCCAGUUGUAAAAGUUAUUACCACCAAAAAAACAAAUAGGAAAGUGUUAAAAACAUAAAAGAUGGAUUUACUAACAAUCAACAGUUUAUCGUUGAUGGGCCUUGCCGUAUUGGCCCUAUUUCUGCGCUACCUAACAACAAUUUUAGAAUUUAUCCGUUUGAUAAAAUGGUCAUCAACCGUACCAGGACCCUCAAUUGGUGAACUAAUGGAAAAUGCGAAAAAAGGACAAAUUCUCAAUUGGUUCACAGAGUUGCGUGAAAAAUACGGUCCAACAUUUCGCAUUUGGAUGGGCCGAGAUUUACUGGUGUUCUUCAGUGAUCCGGAGGAUGUGAAACAAUUGUUGAGCAACAACAGUCUGUUGCAUAAGUCGCGAAAUUACAGUAGUCUGGAGCCUUGGUUGGGAAAAGGCCUGCUGACGAGUAGUGGUGAAGCUUGGCACCGACGCAGGAAAUUGUUGACUCCCGCUUUUCAUUUUCGCAUUCUAAGUGAAUUCAAAGAACCCAUGGAGGAGAAUUGUAAAAUUCUGGCAAGUCGUCUGCGAGAAAAAUGCAAUGGCGAGGAGUUUGAUAUUUAUCCGUACAUCACAUUGUUCGCCUUGGAUGUCAUCUGUGAGACGGCAAUGGGUAUUAAGAAAAACGCUCAAAUGCAAUCACAGUCGGAGUAUGUGAGAGCGGUACAGAGAAUCUGCCACAUCUUGCACACAAAGGCCUUCUCGUUUUGGCAACGCACGAAUCCCUUCUUCAAAUACACCGAACCGGGACGUGAACGUGAUGCCUGCCUUAGGAUACUACACGACGAGACGAAUCGUGUCAUCAAGCUACGACGUAAAAUGCUCGAAGAUGCCAAGAUACAAAAAAUGGCCGACACGGAAAAUCUUCUCGACAAUAUUGGAAAGAAAAAACGUUUUGCCUUCCUCGAUAUGUUGUUGAUAUCCCAAAUGGAGGGGGUGGAUCUGACAGAUCGUGAAAUACGCGAAGAGGUUGAUACAUUUAUGUUUGAGGGCCACGAUACGACAAGUUCGGCAAUUGGUUUUGCCAUCUAUCUGCUGUCACAACAUUCCGAGGUGCAGCAAGAGGCCUUUGAGGAAUGUAUGAUUUUGGAGGGCAAUGAAAAGGAAAAUAUGCCAUAUUUGGAAGCGGUAAUCAAGGAGACGCUGCGUCUAUAUCCCUCGGUGCCGACCUAUGCUCGUUAUAUCACCGAAGAUCUGCAAGUUGGUAAAUUAACCUUGCCCAAGGGUUCGAAUAUCAGUAUUAUGACUUAUUUGACACAACGCGAUGAGAGAUAUUUUCCCGAACCGGAGAAGUUCGAUCCCCAAAGAUUUUUGCAAAAGGACAAGGAACAACAUCCCUUUAGUUUUGUGGCAUUUAGUGCGGGGCCACGUAAUUGUAUUGGUCAAAAGUUCGCCAUGUUGGAGCUGAAAUGCUCCCUGUCAUAUCUCCUGCGUAAUUUCGAAUUUUUACCAGUCAAAGACUUCAAACCCAAUGCCUUGCCCGAAUUAGUUACGAAAAGUGGAAAUGGUAUCAAAAUUCGCAUAAAAUCGCGUGGCAAUUGAUUUUUUAGCUUUUAAUUAGCCGUAGUUUUAAAUUUUAUUAAAAAAAUAAUAAUUAAGUAAA